AGAUUGCUAAUAUAUUCAACGACGCUUUAUUCUCAUAAUUAACAACUACUACUUGUUGUUGCAGCAACACUAGUAAUUUCGUGCUAUUUCUUUGGUAACUUUUGAAGUUCAUUGAUGUAACUUGUGGAGGAUCCCUUCAUGCACCACUUGAAAAUUAGAACAUCUUGCUUCCUUUUAGAAAAUUAAUUAAUAAUCAGCAGACUUUUGUAUUUCGAGAUCUUUACAGACAUAUAUCACACACACACACACACGCACACACGGAUAUUCUUAGGUUCUAACCUGGGAAAGAAAAAGAGAACAGGUUCUUAUAUACACACAAAACCAGACGAUGGCAGGUUUUCUGGAAGUUGUACGAACUGAAGCGACUCCUAGAAGUUCCAUUGACGACUCGAAAAUUGUUUCAACUCCUAGAAGUUCUAUUGACGACUCGAAAAUUGUUUCAACUCCUAGAAGUUCUAUUGACGUCUCGAAAAUUGUUUCAAAGGAAAACCUUAUCAGCCAGGGAUAUGACAUGGAUUUAAAGAAAGUCUUUCCGCUUGACAUAAAAGAAUCAGCAGGUGAAACUGUCGAGGUAAUAACUGUUCCACAAGUUCCAAAACAACAAUCUACGAAAGAAGACAAAAAGAAAACCAAAAACAAAAAGAAAAUGAAGCAAAAAGAACGAGAUCUUUUAGACUUUCAGAACACAGUCAAGUCGUAUCUGUCGGAUAGUAAUAAGUUACAUGCUUUGACUUUACAAUUCAUUUCCUGGUCACUGUACAAAACAGGCCGAAUAGUUCCCUUGUUUCAGGUUUUGACGAAAAAUGGUGCUUAUCCAAUGACAUGCAACCAGUUCAUUUGUGGAAUGGUGGAUGCUUUAGCUCCGUUCAGUGUGUUGCAAUUGCACGUGUUGUCCAAAUGGUUAAGUACCACAAAAGACUGCAUAACAUUGGAAAAUUUAACCUAUAAAAUUGGUUUAAUGGACGAAAUCAUAGAAUGUUCGUGUGGAUAUAAAAAUCUAAUUCAAAAUGAAGGAAAAAACUCCUUUCGUAAAGUUAUUUUUGAUAAACUUCAUCCCGGAUCUGAUACAAAGCCCAGAUUAAGCUUUUCAGAAACAAUAUUUCAAUUGGGAAAGAAGCACAAAAAAUUCAAUGUAACCAAAAUUUAUAAUUGGAUUACAAAUAAAAGAAAGGCCAAUGAGAAAUUAAAGAAUAAAAUAAAGGCUUUCAUUGCUGCAAGAGCAAAGGAAACACAUAUUUCCCUUGAAAUUACGGGACAUAUUCAAGAAAAUCGAUAUGUUGAACUUCAUGUAUAUUUUGCACCUUACGAUUUUAUCGAAGUAGCAGAUUUCCAUUUUAUCAUGUUACUUCCCAGCUGCACGAUGGUCCUCACUGUUUUAGAUCUAAUACAACAGCACACAGAUAUACAGUCGGAUGCAUUUUCUCUCUUUAUUUCGUUCAAUAAGUUCCGAAAAAACAGACAACCACUGCCUAAAAUGUCAACUUUUAAAGAAUGUGGAUACUUUGGUUUUUGUAAGAAACAUCCACAGAAAGUCUUGCUUUUCUAUGAUUGCAACAUACGGUUUAAAAGUAACUUUAUUUCUGCCAUAGAUAAGUAUUACACAAUAAACAAAGAAAAACAAGACCACUGAAACUGAAUAACUGAAAAUAAGAAGAGUUCAAGUUUAGAAAAAUAUCACUUAGCAAAAUAAAAUUAAACAAAAUGUUAAUACAAAUUUUGGAGCACAACGUUCAAAGUUAAAUUUUGAAUUUUAACAAUGAACAUAACAAGGCCACACAACUUGGAGAACAGCAAAGUCGAUUAAAGCUACCCUACUACUUGACUUGUAAUUUAUUCUUGCAACCCAGAAAGGAUGUAAAAUGAUACCAAAUCUCGGCGGAAUUCGAACUCUCAACGUACAAGAAUGUAAUUAAACUCCGCUGUUCUAUCGAUUGUGCCACCCUUACGAGGGAAAAGUGCUUAAGAGAGGAAAAGAACGAACGAGUUUGACUAAAAACCAAAAACAAAAAAUGAAGUUUGUCCGAAUUAUUGGAACAUUUUGGGGUUAAUAUCACAGAAAAGAAACUCAAAUACGUUGAACCCACAAUAAAAUUUCUAAAAAUUUGAAUCAAUAAAGAUAAGACAACUUGCC